CGGGAGUUCUUGCUUCUGGCGCGAAGUGAGUGGAAGUUUGUCAUUCUGUCGGCGGUGUAAUCGGAACCUCGAUCACAAUGGCAGAGAAGCCGGUGUGGGAACAAAUCGGUACUGGUUUUGUGCAACAUUAUUAUCAGCAGUUUGACGCAAAUCGGAUGAACCUUGCAGACCUUUAUACUGAUGCCUCUUGUUUGACGUGGGAGGGAGAAGGCUUCCAGGGAAAGAAUGCUAUUAUGGGAAAAAUCAAUAGCCUGCCCUUUAAGACCAUUCAGCACAGCAUCACGGCACAGGAUCACCAGCCGACCCCAGACAGCUGCGUCCUUAGCAUGGUGGUGGGACAGCUGAAGGCAGAUGAGGACCAAGUCAUGGGAUUUCACCAGAUGUUUCUGCUGAAGAAUAUCGACAACAAGUGGAUCUGCUGCAAUGAUGUUUUCAGAUUGGCGCUACACAACUUUGGCUCUUAGAAUGAUACAGUACCGAUUCCCUCCACAGUC